UGGCGGCGGCGUGAGUUGCAUGUUGUGGGGCCGCCGGGAGGAGCCGCCGCCGCCCCGUUCCCCGUCCCGCCAUGGCGGUGACCGUGACGCUGAAGACGCUGCAGCAGCAAACCUUCAAGAUCCGCAUGGAGCCGCACGAGACGGUGCGGGCCCUGAAGGAGAAAAUUGAGGCUGAGAAGGGCAGUGAUGCCUUUCCCGUGGCGGGACAGAAACUCAUCUACGCCGGGAAGAUCCUGAGCGAUGAUGUCCCCAUCCGGGAGUACCGGAUCGAUGAGAAAAACUUCGUGGUGGUCAUGGUGACCAAGGCCAAGUCUACGCUGGGCUCGGCAGCCCCCGAGGCCGGAGCCCCCUCGGAGCCCCCCGCAGCCCCCCCAGGGCCCCCCCCGGCCGCUGACGUGGCCCCCCCCCCUCCGGCCGCCCCCAGUGAGGAGCCCCCAGCCCAGGACCCCCCCGCUCUCACCCUGGCUGAGCCUGCUGCUGGCUCUGUUCCCCCCCCGGGCAGCUCCGGGCGCUCGGCCGACGCCGCCUCCACCCUCGUGACAGGCUCGGAGUACGAGACGAUGCUGUCGGAGAUCGUGUCCAUGGGCUACGAGCGGGAGCGCGUGGUGGCCGCGCUCAGGGCCAGCUACAACAACCCCCACCGUGCCGUGGAGUACCUGCUCACGGGCAUCCCUGGCAGCCCCGAGCCCGAGCGCCCACCGGUGCAGGAGUCUCGUCCUGCAGAGCAGCCCCCGGCCGAAGGUGAGAACCCUCUGGAAUUCCUGCGUGAGCAGCCUCAGUUCCAGAACAUGCGCCAGGUGAUCCAGCAGAACCCAGCGCUGCUCCCGGCCCUGCUGCAGCAGCUGGGCCAGGAGAACCCCCAGCUGCUCCAGCAAAUCAGCCAGCACCAGGAGCAGUUCAUCCAGAUGUUGAACGAGCCGCUGGGCGAGCUGGGCGAGCUGGAGGGGGAGGUGGGAGCCAUCGGGGACGAGUCCCCCCAGAUGAAUUACAUCCAGGUGACCCCGCAGGAGAAAGAAGCCAUAGAGAGGCUGAAGGCGCUGGGCUUUCCCGAGAGCCUGGUGAUCCAGGCCUACUUCGCCUGCGAGAAGAACGAGAACCUGGCGGCCAAUUUCCUGCUCAGCCAGAACUUCGAUGAUGACUGAGGGACCCCCCCAGCCCUCCCCCCACCCCUGGGGGGGGCGGGGGGGGUCUCCACGUUGUGUGGGGGAGGGGUAGGGAUGCAAUGUGGUCUCCCUCCCCUCCUCCUCCUCUCCGGAGCCUCGGGAGGAUGGGGAUCUCCAGCCCUGCCCCCCUUUCCCCGGGAGCAGGGGGAGCCCCUGCCUGCUUUGAGGGGAGGGGUCUCAGCACCCGCUUUGUCCUUCCCCUCCAAAAAAAAAAAAAAAAAAAAAAAGUUUGCCCCCCCCCCCCCCCCGUGUCAGGCCCCGGGGAAGGGAGGGUGGGGGAGGGGGGCAGCGCCGCAGAACAACCAAAACUGGCGGCAAAGAGAUUAAAUGCAGAGUUUUAAAUCCAUUUCGGAGCUGUCCUCGUUUUCUCAAAACGGGAACUGGGGAGGAGCAGUUCCAGCGCUCCCGGGGGUCUCCUGCACCCUCGGGGGAGCCCUGGGGGCAGUCCCAGUGGUCUCCGGACAAUGGGGG